UUGCAUCAGAGACUGAAGAGAGCAACGCAAAUAAAGCAUGUCAUUAGGAUACGAGACGUGCAGAAUCCAGCCGUAGCGCCUCUUUUAAUAAACUUUUCCUCGCUGAGGCACUUGAACAACUUGAGCCGAAGCCAGACUUGUAUAAACGCAGCUGAUGUCUGCGGGCUGAGAGAGGGGGAAAGAGGCGCCCAACCCAUUUCUUUUGUGCUGAAGCGCCUGUGAUUUCAUUGAGCUUUUCCCGGGCUGCUACUAUAAUGGGCUCCCUCGCUUUGAAUCGCUGUUGUAUCCGCGACUUGUUUUCGGCUGGUUAAACUAGAGCAAUCUUUUUAGCUGGCAGUAGUUUUCAGGCUUGGAGACUGGCUGAAGACAUUUCUCGCCGAGCAUCUGGACGGGUCCCAAUGAAAAUGCACGGCAGAAACAGGUACAACCUGGUGGACGAUGUGGCGGAUUCGCGAGUCCCGCUUCACAACGAGGAAGCGUAUCAACACGGAAUACACUUCCAAGCCAAGUAUGUUGGCAGCCUGGAUGUCCCAAGACCCAACAGUCGUAUGGAGAUUGUCGCUGCUAUGAGAAGAAUCAGGUACGAGUUCAAGGCAAAGAGCGUGAAGAAGAAGAAAGUGAGCAUAGUGGUUUCCGUAGAUGGGGUCAAAGUGGUUCUGCGCAAAAAACCCAAGAGGAAGGAGUGGACGUGGGAUGAGAGCAAGAUGCUGGUUAUGCACGACCCCAUAUACAGGAUCUUCUAUGUAUCCCAUGAUUCUCAGGAUCUGAAGAUUUUCAGCUACAUUGCUCGUGAUGGAUCCAGCAACUCAUUCAGAUGCAAUGUAUUCAAGUCCAAAAAAAAGAGUCAGGCCAUGCGGAUAGUACGGACGGUCGGUCAGGCGUUUGAGGUGUGCCAUAAGCUGAGUCUGCAGCACGCUGAGCAGAAUGCAGAUGAACAGCCAGACGGCCCUGCAGACGGCCAGAGCGAUCAGUCUGGAGAAGAGCCCAGCCCUGAAGCUCGUCAGCUGACAGGCAUGGAGCACGGAAUGGAUGAUGUGACUGGAAUGGACUCUCAUUCCACAAAGCUCAGUGAGCAGGCUAUGGAUGACAUUCUUCAGAGUCUGUCAGAACUCAGCGUGGUGAAACCUAGACAAACCCUCCAGUCUUUACAAGACCUGGAGGGUGUCUCUCUCUACACGCUAUCUCCCAGCAGCCCUUGCUCUCCUACUCUCACCCCUUUGGCCACCCAACACCACCUGCAGUUACUCCAACAACAGUUGCUACAGCAGCAACAACAAACACAGAUCGCUGUAGCACAGGUGCAACUUUUAAAGGAUCAGCUGGCUGCAGAAACGGCUGCCCGCAUGGAGGCGCAGGCCAGAACUCACCAGCUGUUGCUGCAGAACCGAGACUUACUGCAACAUACAGCCCUGCUGGUGAAACACCUCAGCCAACUGGAGAUCAGAGUCAGUGGAGCCACACAGAAAGAAGAAUCGCCAUGGAGUAGUGUGCCCCCUUUGUCUCUCUCCCUCAACCUGAAGAACCUCUACACCCCUCACUCAGACCAGCCCGUCACCUCAACUCCAGCAGGACAGCCAGAAAAUCAUCCCGUCUCCUCCCACGCUGAGUCCUACCUCAAUCUGCUUAACCUGCGUGGUGCUCACACUAUUACGACCAAUGGGAAGCCAGCGAGUGUGAGAAAUGAAGCAGGACUGGACGCAGCAAGAAGAGAAGUUGCUAAGCUAGAAACUCGGAAUUCAACGCCACUUGAUGAGAGGUAUAAACAAACGAUCCCUAAACUGGACCCUCCUCCUCAGCCCCUGAACCGCAAGCGUUCAAAUAGGACUCUCUCUCCUGGCGUCGAGGCAGAGUUAAGAUUUUCAGCUGUAGCUGAACCUGUAAAUGGAAACGUACUCUCAAACGUGAGCGGUAGCUCCUCAUUUCCUGACAUCACGCUACGUUCCAUUUCCCCUGGGGAUUUCUAUUCUCACACUAACGGCAACAGUGUGUCAUGUUCAGCCAGCGAGGAUUCUGGCGUGCGCUCGGAUGACAAAUCCCUCAUAUCCCCCCAAUCCAGAGACGACCCCUCUGAUGACCAGAGCUCUGCGUUCAUAUCCACUUCCAGUACCUGCAGCAGCUUACCUGAGGAUCAUCCAGCUGUGGAUGGUGUGACUCCACCGCAUUCAACCACACCGCUGGGAUACGAGCAAACCAUCCCAUUCUCUUCGCCUGUCAAUGACACCUGUCUUCAUAUAAGCCUAAGCGAAGAUGAGUUUCUAGAGGACGGCGCCUAUAAUGUCACCACCCCAUGCAGGAGUUAAAAAUACGUGAGAAAUCACAAUCCCACAGUACAAAAACAUAAUGAAGAAAGAAGGCAUAUUUGACAACUGAACUGUGUGAUAUUAGCCGCACUCUCACGCUGAUGUUAUUUUGCAUAUGAUUUCGCUCUUUGUUUUGAUCAACAACUCUCCGUUUUUGUAUUCUAAUAUGACAUCUUUCUUUAUCUACAAUUCCCUCGAAUGAUUUUAUCUAUAAAGCUUGCUGAAAGAAUAUUUAGUAUGAUGCAGAGUAGACUACUACUGACAGAUGGAUAGAGUGUAUUUUUUUAGAUUCAAAAUGAAUAGUUAUUUUUAGCUGACUAAGCUGAAUAGGAACUGCUUCUAUUAGUGCUGCCGAUGUGAUUUUUAAAUUAUAAGUUCAAGGUUUUUUUUAUUAGUGCAAAUUGAUUUAUAUAUUGUUUGAAUGUUAUUUGGAUGCUUAAGAGCAGUUAUGUAGCAAAGAAACUCACAAGUAUGUUAGCAUGAGACAUGACAUGGUGAGAAAUAGUUGAGGAACAUAGAAAUAUGAAGAAAUAGAGGUGGAAAAAAAAUUAUUUUCUUGCAGGAAUUUAAAAACGGUGCCAAUUUUGUUUU